UCUAUCACGUCCUGUGUUGGGAAGUUAAUGGAACACGUUAUCCAGUCCAGACUUCUUCGCUACCUCGAAGACAACCACCUCCUACCAGACACGAUGUUCGGUUUCCGUCCUCACUUAGCAGCCCCCGACAUAAUGCUUCUUCUCCAUCACCAGGUAGUCAUGCGUCGCACACUAGACACGAAAGUCAUCGUCGGCCUCGAUGUUGCCAAGGCCUUCGACAAUAUCCUCCAUGAAGCGAUUCUUCAACAACUCCAGACUCUCGGCGUCGGACAUCGCACGUAUGCAUACGUCCGAGACUUCCUGACCGACCGCAAGAUACAACUCAGCGUCGGCACGGGACAUCCCUCCAUCAUCUCUCCUGGCAACCGCGGCACGCCGCAAGGCUCAGUGCUCUCGCCGCUGCUUUUCAACGUUGCACUGAUAGGCCUGCCCAAGCUUCUGGCUGACAUUCCCCACCUACACCACAGCGUUUAUGCUGACGAUCUUACUCUUUGGAUCACACACGGCAGUGACGGCGAGAUCGAAGAGACUCUCCAGACCGCCAUCGAUCGGGUCGGAGGCUAUCUGGAUACAGUUGGCCUCAGCUGCUCGGCGACUAAGUCAGAGUAUAUAAUCAUCCCGUCCCCAGGACGACGCCCACCAAAAAUACUUCCUGAGAUCAACCUCCAGGUGCAAGGAAACCCCAUCCCUCGUACAGAUCACAUCAGGAUUCUGGGCCUACACCUACAGGCAAACGGCAGCAACAAUAUAUCGCUCCAACGCAUCGACCAGUCGGUGCUACAGAUCGGACGUCUUCUCAAGCGAGUCUCCAACAAGCACCGAGGUAUGCGAGAGUGCAACCUCCUGCGCCUCGUCCAAGCCUUCAUCUGCUCCCGCAUCACCUACUCCGCACCUUACUUACGUCUCAUCCGCGCCGAAAGCGAACGGCUAGAGGCGUCACUUCGAAAAGCAUACAAGACGGCCCUGGGUCUUCCCAUGUCAACAGCUACUCACAAGCUUAUGGCUCUCGGCAUCUCCAACACCAUGAGCGAACUGAUCGAAGCUACCCUCACCGCCCAAUACGAGCGGUUGUCACUCACACACGCUGGCCGCGCGGUACUGCAGCAAGUUGGGAUCUCACCAACGAGGGCGGCCCCCAAUUAUAUUGACCUUACACAGGAAUAUCGUCAAAAUCUCCGAAUACCUCCCAUUCCCAAACGGAUGCAUCCGGAACACCACGCCGAGAGACGGGCCGAUCGUGCACGACAGUUCGAGAAACGCUUCAGUGGACGUCCAGAUGUCACGUAUACGGACGCCUCUUACCACCCCUCGAAACCAGCGAUGGUGGCGGCAGCCCUCGCCCCGCACCGCAGCUGGUACACAGCCUGCAGCAUUCGCAACGCAGAAACAGUCACCGCAGCAGAGGAGGUUGCCAUUGCGCUUGCGCUAGCUGAUCCUAUUACCAAAGUCGUCAUAAGUGAUUCUCAACAGGCGAUCCGCAACUACGAUGCCGGCCGUAUCUCUCGCCCGGCAUCACACAUUCUGCAUUCUACUCCCCCCUCCUCCACAUCCCGCUUACUCCUGUGGGCUCCAGCCCAUGAAUCGCUCAGGGGAAACGUCCAGGUGCAUACACUUGCUCGAGAUCUUAGCUGCCGAGCCGAGUGUAGGAUCCACCGCCCCGAUUCCCCUGACACCACUAUCUCGCGCGAUUCUCUACUCACCACUUACACGGACAUCCUCCAGUACUACCGACUCGGGAGAUGCAUAUAUCCUCCCGCACACCGUGAUCUAACAAGGCGCGAGGCCGUCCAAUGGCGCAAACUACAAACAGGUAGCUUCCCACACCCCCUCUUAUACAGUAAAAUCUUUCCGCAACAAAUAACACCUCGGUGCAAACACUGCUCAGCUCCGGCCACUCUCAUACACAUGGCGUGGACUUGUACGCACGACAACACAGACAAAACAAACACCCCAGAGUCGUGGGAGUCCCUCCUGCGUAGCUCCGAGCCAGCAGACCAACGUCGGCUCAUCCAGCGUGCGGUGGAGGCCGCGGAAUCCCAAGGGAUCCCCGCCGACCUCCUCUAA